AUGGACACUGCAUGGAAUGUGACUGAAUUCAUCCUCUUGGGACUCACCCAGAAGCAGGAGUUACAGCAAAUUUAUUUUGUGCUGUUUUUAUUCUUCUAUGCUGUUACUGUGCUGGGAAAUCUCCUCAUCAUUGUCAUAAUUAAUCAAAGUGAGCAUCUGAACUCCCCUAUGUAUUCCUUCCUUAACUACCUGUGCUUUGUAGACAUCUGCUACUCUUCUGUCACAGCCCGAAAACCAAUAACAGACUUCCUAGUUGAGAGGAAAACCAUCUCGUUUGGUGGCUACAUGGCACAGCUCUUCUGGUCCCAUUUCUUUGGGUUCACUGAAAUCUUCCUCCUCACUGUGAUGGCCUAUGAUCAAUAUAUUGCGAUCUGCAAACUCCGGCAUUACACGACCAUCAUGAUUGGGCUUGUGUGUGGCCAGAUGGUGGUGGCCUUAUGGGUGGGGGGCUUUCUACAUUCCAUGGUUCAGACCCUCCUGUCCAUCCACUUACCCUUCUGUGGGCCCAAUGAAAUUGACCACUAUUUCUGGCCUGCACUGAGUCAGGUGAGACUGGCCUGCGCUGACACUUACCUUGUUGGCAUCAUGGUCGUUGAAAAUACUGGGAUGAUUUCCCUGAGCUGUUUUGUUGUGCUGAUUGUGUCCUAUGUCAUCAUCUUAGUCUCCUUGAAAACUCACUCUUCCAAAGGUCAUUGCAAAACUGUCUCCACUUGUGCCUCCCACAUCACUGUAGUGAUUAUAUUUUUCGGGCCAUGUAUCUUCAUGUACUUACGAUCUUCCACCACCUUCUCUGAGGAUAAGAUGGUUGUUGUAUUCUACACCAUUAUCACCCUCUACUGA